GUUACCGUUGUAUUUGAGUUGGUUAUGUUUUUUGUUAUGACUAGAUGUUACAUGAGCCCAUUUUCCUGAAGCUGAAGUUUAGCUAAAGUGAAGUCUUUCUUACCGCAAUUUAACAUUAAACCUCAAUGCAAACUGGAGCUGCGCAUGCGCAUCUGCAUACAUGGUUGGUUGUUGGAGACAAACGCAGCGCGGCAUCUGAAGGAUUCAAUGGAGAAACAGCAGAUUCGUUCGUAUCUAUUUGUUACAUAAUAAUUAAGAAGUCUUCGCGCAAGUAUAUAAACACACAAGUUCACAAGCUUAUCUCACAAGAACCUGACGAUCUGUAGAUGAGUUAUACGUCAAGCUAACACACAACUGUGUUCAUCAAUAUGGCACACUGGAGCACCUUCGAACAGGAGACAGAGAGAGAAACCAAGAAGUUGAUAAAAUGUAUCAGCGGGGUCGAGGAUGAAGAGGACCAGAAUUUUCAGCUGGCACUGAAAUUUACCUGGUCCAAUUUCAAGUGAGUUGGCAUUAUAGACAGCGUUGAAGUUAGCACGUUAGCUGCUAACAUGUAACCCAAACAUUAGCCGCAUUGAGUCAUGCUGUUGACGUUUUCUGACAGGUUUCACCGCUUCUUGGAUGUGGACAGCCACAAAAUCCGACGGAGUAUAAGUGGGUGAGUGUGUGCUUACUGGAAGUCUAACGCACCAUUUGUUACGUUGGGUGUCUCUCCAAGAACGUGGCAUGUUCGCUGUUUUCAAUACUGCAAUUGAUCAAUCCCCCAAUUUAUUUGACAAUAUGUCUUGUGGUGGACGAUGCUGAAGUUAGCACCCUCUUACCAACCUCUGAUUUAGUUGUGAAAAUGUCAUGGAACCAAGGAUACAAUCCAGGUAUUAUUACAUAGACGUGUACCUAUAUUAGACGUCUACCUAUAUUGUCCAAAGAUAGUCAAAAACACAGCUAUAUUUGCGUGAAACUGUAGCUGUGGAGAGUGAAUGAAGAUUUAAGUACCCGUGACUAUGUCCAGAUCCAAAACCCCAUUACCUAAAGUUCUCGGAUUCAGACUACAUUAUUCUGUUGAGGCAUAUGUCUCUUAAAAACACAGUUCCAGAUUUGUGAAAACUUGACUUAGCUCUUUAAAAAAAAAAAGCAGGUCUCUUUCUGUGUAGGGGUCAAUGACGUAUAAGGUUUAUAAACAUGCCAAUUUUAAAAUAGCAAAAAUAAGAAUAUAUUUUGCAAAAGUUCAAACACUAAGGAUUUUGUGUAUACAAAAAUAAAUGUUAUAUUUUUAAAUUACACAAUUUUAGUGUUUUUUCAUAUAGAUGAAUUGCCCGUGGCCUUAAAAAAUGUCAUGUGGUGCAUGUGUUUUUUUUUUGUUUUUUUUUUACAAAUUGUCAUAUCAAGUAGAUAGAAACAAAGUGUUUGCAUUUCAGUUGAGUUUUUGUAGAUAAUGAUCUCACAUUUUGGCUCUAUAAUGUCACAGUCACUAUAUUAUAUAAUACUGAUAAAAAUGUUUUAAAACUACCUUUCACUUAAGCAUAUUGUAUCAAGUAGAAACGAUUCAGUUACAGAAAUUAGAUAUUUUAGUUUGUAUUUUAUACAAUUAAUCCCAGAUCCCAGAUCUGAACUAGGGACUAGUUCGGAUUUAUUUCAGCUUCGUGGGAUUUAGGCCUAAAUUACUUAAAAACACAAAGUGAACAUUGUGUCAUGUUAUUUCACUUAAAAGCCUCACGUUUUCCAUUUGAAUGCUGAUAGACAUUAAUAAACAGAAUUAACAAAAUAAACGAACAAAAUCGCUUUUCUCUUUAGGACCAUUGCUGUUGACUAACAUUUUCUCAAACUGGCCAUGAUCAUCCUCUUUACAUAACCCCCCCCCCCAUAACAGCUGAAUCUGAAGCUGGGAAUGAGAAGCAAAAAUCUGUGUUGUUUCUUAUUGUGCAGGACACUUGUAUCAACAUAAUCCACUGUGUUUUCCAGAAUCCACGAAAAGCUCAUGGUUCAUUCAGACUUGAGCAAAGCAGAAAGUUGGAUGAGGCUGACCAAUGAGUUCCUGAACUCACCUUUACCUAAUACUGAAGGAUCAAAGGUAUCACACAGACAAGGGCUGACAAAGGAUAAACAUGUUAAUACAGUGAAAGUAAACACAACACAAAUUCUGUUGGAUACUUUUACCACAGAAUCCUAUAAUUAGAAACUGAAUAUGUUAGAAAAUACAUAACAUUUCUUUCUGUUUUUAUUCCUUCGUAGACUGAUGUACACUACAGCAUACUAUCACUGCUGCUCUUUCUGUCGGGGUCCCUCUCAAACACAGACUUUACUGAGAGACCCAGGGUGAAGGAGGCUGGUGAGAUGUUACGUCAUUUAUUCAAAUCAUUAAGAAACACGUGCAAAUUCAAGCUCAUCAGUAUUCCUUCAUCCUUCAUCUGCAGAUGAGGCGGACAACUUUGACUGGGCUAGUUAUCUGAUGGAGGGUGAGGAUGUAGACGCUGGACCUUACCCAGACACUCCUGUGAGUAUAUCAUUAGGAAAUCCAUCCUAUAUAGAUAAAAAAUUACCACAAUACAUAUAGAUGACUAUUGUUUAUAGACAUAACAUGUUGUCAUAGAUUAUAACCCGUCUUGCAUGAAGAGUUGUUGUCAACAUUAUGACUCCGAGGAGGACCAUGGGUUUUCCUCACAUUUUUUCUGUCAUGUUUGUUUUUUAAGCUGCAACACACAGAGCCUGUCAAGCUUACAUUUCUGCAUCAGUUUGUGUAAAAUCGAAAAUUACAAAGAUCCCAGCAGAAAGAGAGAAGUUCCUUCUCGGGUUUAAAUUGAAUUUCGUAUAUCCUUUGGCCUUUGCUGUUUUGUAGGAAUGGUCUGAGGAAGAAAGUGAGGAUGAUGACAGCCAGCAGCCAAUCAGCAGGGAUGACUCUGGGAUCCAGUUGGACAAAACUCCCCAAGAGGACCCUGAUACCAACAACAAGACGGUCCCAGUUACAUGGACAGGUGCGCACAGAUAACACUGCAAAGAAUAGGCCGUAUGAAACUCUUAAAAAUGUACAAAUAAGAAGUUCUGUGAACUUGAUACAGGACUUUAACAGAUUAUUUUGAAUACAAUAAUAACACUACUUCAUGUCUUUUCAGUGGGUGAGCCUGAUGCUCGAUCCUGGCUUGAACAGCAUGUUGUAACGCCGUAUUGGGUGGCUCAUGCGCCACGUUUUCCUCACAGCUUACAUUUACACUCCAACUUGCUCAAUGUGUGGUAAGACUCCGAGCUGUUGUUUACAAUAUAGCAAAAAUGUCUUCAUUCAGUAGUUUUUAACGCAACAUCCUAAAUGUUCACUGCUAACAUCCCCCACAACCCAAACAUGAAGCUAAAUGGAGAGAAAUGGCCAGCGUGAGUCAUGCACAAUUGGGGUUAUUAAGCGGGCUCUUUCACCCUCUGGUGUUUCUAAAAGUUAGGCCCCUCUCCACUUUGAGGAGGCUCAGAUGUUUCUAAACCACUUUUCUUCAUAGUAGCUCUUAACUCCUCAUCAUGCUCUUGUGUGAAAGAAAAACAAGGUCUUAGACGGCCAGUAGUCUGUGUCUACAGAGUCGGAUGUUCUGUACACAUGUCGUAAUAACCCCUUGUGUUGUUGCAAAGGUUUUGGUUAGCAUUACACUCAGAACUCUGGUGACGGACACUGAAAAUGCAGACAUAGGUGAGCACUAGUUGGUGCUCAAGAAUCUUAGAAUUACUGUCUCAGAAUCUGCAGCCUAUGACUUUGCAGACACUGGCUUCUCUUCUGCUUUGAGUAGAUAAUGUGUUUUUUUUGGUACUGACUGACCACUCCUAAUGUUUCCAUGUAGAUUUCUUUUGUCAGUCGUAGACAGACUUUUAUUGGCCUCUCCCUGCUGAUUUUUUGAAUUUUUUCAUAAUGUGGUCUAAUUAAUCACAAUAUGAUUACUUGACCUUCAAUAUAUUACAACUGCCUUCAAUAAAAUUAGGACAUAAGGGUUAAAAUUCUGUAAAUUUGGUUACUUUUUCUUGACUUUUUGACCAUAUUGUAGGUUAAUGUUCCUAAAUCCACUCUGAAGUUUAUCACAGGAAUCUAGUAGUAUAUUUAAUAAUAAUAAUAGUAUAUAAUAUAAUAUAAUAAUAUAAUUAUAAAAUAUAUAUAAUAGUAUAUUUUCUGUGAUAUUGGCCAUCAAAAAUGACUGUUUUAUUUAAAUGUAGCAAAAAUAUGUACUUUAUAUUGUAUGUUUUCUGUUGUUUUGUCAAGCUACACAUUGUGACAUAGUCUGAAAAUUAGUUGACAAAACUAGUCUGUAAAAUAGUACCCCUUAACAACAGCACAGACAGUGAUGUUAGUUGGCAGAAACAGGAGUAAACUUGGUGGUAUUUUCUGAGUUAAAAAGUUAAAUGUAACCUCCACUGUCUCUUUUCUCAGGGAUCAGCACCUCUACAACACGGAUCCUUUGUACCUCCCUGAAGAAAAAGCCUUUGUAACAGAGACCCAAGUCAUACGUGAGACAUUGUGGUAAGUUGUAAAAAAAAGAGGCUGUGGUUUGUGACGGAGCACAUUGUACAAACUCAGUAGGAAACUAAUCUCUCACUUUCUCUCAAGUUCUGCUUUUAUUACCCCGUAAAUCAUUAAGCCAUUUCGUCAACUAUGUCCAGUUUCAUUUGAUUCAGAUAAAAUUUCCUCAAAAACUUGAGCUGUGUGAUGGUUUUGUUUCAGGCUCCUCUCUGGGGUGAAGAAACAUUUCAUUUUCCAACAACAUGAUGGAAAAGUGUCAGUAAGAAACAAUGUGGUGGUCACUCACCUGACCAGUGUAAGUCAUACAUCUGAAGAUUGUGCCUUUUGUAUCUUAAACAUGUCUCUUGUGUUGAAGUCAGUCUCUUGCUCUCUGUUUGCUUCAGAACUGUUUGCACUCUGUCCUGGAGCAUAUUGCUGUGUACGGGCAGGCGGUGUUCAGGCUGCAGAGGUUCAUAGAUGAGGUGACAGGGUACAGCUGUGAGCCCGGCCCACCAGGUUCUGGUCCCUCACAUGGUUCCAAGAAAGGCUCAGAGCCUCCCUUCAGGACAUACCAGGCCUUUGUGUGGGCGCUCAACAAAUACUUUACCGGCUUCAAAGAGGAGCUGACAACAAUUGAGAGAGAGCUGAUAUGUGAAGGCGAGUACAUAUUAAACAUUUAUCGGAGUCAAACUACUUAACCAGGAUAACAGAUCAUUCAUGAAGAGUUAUAUUUCUGUGUGUGUGUGUGUGUGUGUGAGGGCCAACGUAUGAGGUAGUAUCAACAUGUAAUGAAAUUUUACAUUUUAAAAAGUGUCCAAAUAUCCAUCAGAAGACUAUGAUGGUGUUUCAGCUACAGUGACGUUAGUCUUAUAUAUUAAUAGGAGUUAACUGUGUUGUUUUCUCUUGCAGAUGAGACGGUGACCCUCUCUGCAGUUCUGGAGCGACUCAACCCUCAUUUGGCACAAAUCAAAGUUCUGCACAAAGUCUUCUGCACAGGGGUUGCUGAAGUCCCCCCUGAGACUCCAAAUGUUGUGCGGGCUUCCCACCUGCUAAACACCCUGUACAAAGCCAUCAUUGAAUAUGACAGCGUCGGGGAGGCGUCAGAACAAGCAGUAAGUUCAGUUCAUUAUUAAACAUAUAAAACAGAAUCAUUUUUACCAUAAAAAUGUACGGAUGAUAAUUUCUGUCUGCGAUCUUUCUUGCCAGGUGGCAUUAUUAUUUUCCCUGUGGACCGAGACUGUCAGACCAUAUCUGGAGAUUGUGGAUGAAUGGAUUGUUCACGGCCACCUCUUUGACCCUGCAAAAGAGUUCAUCAUCCAGAGGUCUGUAGCAAAGAACACUUUGGCCUCCACACGACAAUAAAUGAUGUUUUUUUAAGUUCUAUUUGUCUUUUCUUACUCAGGAACAAGGACGUCCCAGUGAACCACAGGGACUUCUGGUACGCCACCUACACCCUGUACAGUGUUUCUGAGACGGUGGACAACGAGGAGAAGCUAAAUGACGCGGCCAGUGGAAGCUCAGGAGGAGAUCAGGGCUCUAACAACAGGCAGCUCACCAUGGUGUCCUUCCUCAAGCCUGUGCUCAAGCAGAUCAUCAUGGCUGGAAAGUCCAUGCAGCUGCUCAAAAAUCUGGACUGCAAAGAGGCUGAACAGUCAGACAAAUCCUCCAGAGGUCAGUGUUUGCCACUCUGGGUCUGUAAGGCAAGCCCCAAUUAUAUUUUCAUUCUGUAUUGAUCACCUUUAUUUGAAGCCAUUCUAGCUGCUUUUGGUCUUAGUCUGUGCCCACUUUACCAGCUGAUGUUAAAAAUCUUCUUUUAUGACCACACAAAGUUUUUUUUAACAGUCUAAAACCAGUUAUCAGAUUAAAGAGGAUGUAGGAGACUCUACAAAUGUUUAUGUCAGACUAGGUAUAGUUUGACUUUGAUACUUCCAUUUCAUAGCAACAGGGAAAUGAAUGUUUCUGCAGUGAAAGUUAGAAAUUUGCCAAACAAAUGAUAAAAAAAGACUUUUUUGGAGCAAGAAGUCCUCCAUUGUUUGGCUUCACAUAAGCUGCUGUAAAUAUCAGUAUCAGUAACGGUCUAUAGUCAACCAAUUUAUCAGUGUAUGAAUAUUGUCUUUUUUGACCUUAAACAUUUCUAGAACUCUAGAAACUCUUAAUUUUAGGUAUGAGAGGUCAGUCAACUAAUUGUUCUGUUUUUUGAGCAUCCAUCAUUUGGUAUUGGUGCGAGUGGGAUCUUGCUUUAUUGUACUUCAAUCCCAUGUUAAUCAUUUGGCCAACUACCAGUCAACAUCUCAGAUAAACUCCUUUAGGGCUUGUGUCAUGCUUGAUGCACCGUAACUGUGUUUUUUAUGGUAAGUAGUUUAUUCCUUUCUUGUUGAACGAAACAAAAAUACAACUUUUGGUGUGAGAAAAUCAAGUAAACAACAUGAAUUAAGUAGGAAAAGCAUGAAUUAAGCUUUCCUGUAGGACAAGCGCUUUAUAAAUAAAGUUUGAUUGAUUGAUUGAUUGAUUGAUUGAUAAAUAUAAGAGUGGAAGACAUCCUGGACAUCUGAAAAUGCAAAAACAAAACUAAUAAUUAAAAAAUGACAAAAUUGAAAACAGACUGAACACUGAUGCACAAAUUAUUCGAAUUUUUAUGUAAUGGUUUAACAACGUUUUUUUAUUUUCUUUUUUGAUCCUGAUACAUCGUAAACCUGGAGUUAGAAGUGAGUGAUAAUGCCCCCAUUUUAGAUUAUACUCAUCCAUCAUAUCCAGCAACCUCACUGCCCAACCGUUCAAGGGCAGCCAGCUGAACAAGAGAGGUGUGCCAGUAGGAAGGUGCUAGUGCAGUGGAGGCUUUCCAUUGUUUGAAGAGGAGAAUAUAAUAUAAUAUAAAGACAGUCUGAAUUCAUCCUGCCAAUGUUUCAAAGUUCCUUCACUAAACGGAUCAGUGUUGCUGCAUUUCUGUGAACAAUCUCAUUAUUUUUGCAGAUGCAGAGAGGAAAAGUUUGUACACGCUGUUUCUGGAGUCGGUGCAGUCACGUCUCAGCAGCCAGGAGCAGUCACCUGCAGACACAGUGACUGAACAGCAGGCCACUAAAAGGAGCCUCAUAAAGAUGCAAUCCAUCAUCGCACAGCACCUGGAGAUCGCUGACGUCCAUGAUCCUUUAUUGGCAAUCAACUUUGCCAGGUAAGCAGCAACCAGCUGCUCUCAUAUUUAAAAAAUAUCUCCUGCUACAGACAGAGGUCCGACACAGAAAAUUACACAAAUUAAAAUGGAAGAAUGUGGGAUAGGAGACCAUUUUUCUAAUCCUCUGCUGUUAUCCUAUCAAAUCUAAAGCUCAGUUUUUUCAUCUAGUUGUCAUUGUGUGGUGAAUCUUUGCAACUGAAGGCUUUAUAAUCCCUAAAAUGGUCUUAGGACAAUGAGAUGUCAAGAGAUUUGAAUAUUUGUUGCUGCAAAUUUGGGUCAGUAAGGCUAGGCUUAGAUGGCAGGAUUUUUAAAAUCCCAAACAAUAUAAAGAUCAGACUGCAUCACAUGCACCAGGAGGAACUAAAUAGAUAUUCUCAUUUCGAAUCCCAAACAUACAGAAAUUGAAAGUAAUGACCCGUCAUUCACGAAAUGAGGAUGGAUCUCUCAAUGUUCUCACACAGUCCUAAUAGGCCUCCUUCAUACAUGCAUACAGCUGAACAAUGUCCGAGAAACUUUCAGAGCAUGUGUGGAAGGACUUCUCACUCCCUAUCAACAGUAGUAUGCUGGGUGUUAGGGCUGGGCGAUAAACUGAAAAUUGACCCAUAACAAAAUUUACCCAAGUGACCAAUGUCAUUUUGCCCAUAUCGGUAUAUUGGGUGUCAAAUGAAUAAAUAAAUAAAAGUUGGUUUUGGAUGUGUGUAGGUAGGCUAUGGUCUCAUGUCCCUCUAAGACGCUGUCCUAUGUCAGAGACGUGACUCCACCCCAUCCAAUCCUUAACAAAGAGGGAAAGACAGGUGAGGAGAUGGAGGAUGGUUCAAAAGUUGGAGCGGCUGGAGCGGCGCCUGAAGUAGACGAAGUUAAUGUGGGAGAGGAUAAGCAGCUUGUGGAGUAGUUAUCGUUUAUUUACCCAUUUAUUUAUCGCCCAGCCCUACUGGGUGUUGUUUGUCUCAAAGCCACAGAUUUGACUUUUUCAGUAAUCCACCAUCAGCAGCUCUUUCUCCUUCCUCUGUUGGCGGCUCUUGUGUAUCCUGCUCAGAAAUCCAAAUCACUCAGUCAUCAGAUUUUGAACAUAUUCCAAUGAGACGAGCCUCAGAGCUAUUUGGGAAGUGAAAAACUGGAUUUGUGAAAUCCCUGCAUUCAAUAGUUUUCUGGGCCAACAUGGAUGCACUCAAAGUGAUCAGAUCACUUAGUCGAGUUCUAACAAUCUUCUUUGCUGUCUCAGGCUGUAUUUGGAGCAGAGUGAUUUUCAUGAGCGUUUCUCUGGAGGUAAUUUCAUUGUGGACAGAUCAUCUCAGUCUGUCACCUGUCAAACGUUUGAGCUCACCCUGCGCUCCUGCCUCUACCCCCACAUCGAGAGGAGGUACAUAGAGUGUUGCGGGAACCUCAUGAGGACUCUAAAAAAAGACUACAAGUAAGAAUCAUUUUUGAUGUUGUGUGGUGUAGAAUUUAGUUUUAAUAUAUUAAUCCAUGCAAAGAGGUUUCCUGAAUUCCUGAAUGUGUGUGAACAGGUUGCUGGAAUACCUCCAAGCCAUGAGGAACUACUUUCUGCUGGAAGCCGGAGACACCAUGUAUGAUUUUUACACAGCCAUCUUUGACAAAGUGCAGGAGAAGGAGAGCUGGCAGCAGCCUUCUUUUCUUAACGUCCAGCUACAGGAAGCUGUUGGACAGCGCAACCCUGAGGACAGCAGCAGGUAAUAAAUAUAUCUAAAAAGAAGUAUCUGAUCGAAGAGGUGGUUAUGAGUAUUAGAAGAAUUAUCUUAUUAUCUUAUUAUUGAAAGUUCACAUUCUGUCCCCAAAAUGUUGAAUUUAAAGGUUGUCAGUAUUCCUUGAGAACAUUGAUCCUGCCCGGAAAAAGCAUCCUGUGAACAAUCUGGAAGUUCUCACUCUAAGUUACAAGGUAAGCAACACAAAUCCUGAUUUUGACCAGAUUUUUUUCAAGUUUUGUUCACUUUAAUGGUGUUUCUUACCUCUUUUCCCUCACAGGUCCCCUGGCCUGUUGACAUUGUGAUCAGCUCUGAGUGUCAGAAGAUCUACAAUCAGGUGUUUCUCCUCCUGCUGCAGAUCAAAUGGGCAAAAUACAGCUUGGACACGCUUCGCUUCAGUGGUAGGAGUUACAGUGACUCUCUGAAGUUUGAAUCACCCCAUUGUGAUUUAGAUGAUGGUCUACUGACAAACUCUGCAUUUGGGGGGAGUUUUAAGUUUUUAUGAACAAAGUGUUAAGUCAACAUUACCAAAAAACAAAAGCUGUGCCCAGCGGCUUGCAGGGUUGAUGUACCAGAAGCUUGGUGGAAGCAGGGAGUAAAGUGAUUUAAGAAAAACUUCUGAUUUAUGUCACUAUAACCAUACACAAGUGCAUAUCCACAAAUGAUAAAUAUUCAGAUAAAGGCAGUUAAGUCAUCAAAAAGUACUGUGUUUUAUUUCUGAGGGCAUGGUUGCAUUACUUGGUUCCUUAAAAAAUUGGUGUCUACCCACAUGCAGCCUCUAACUUAAACUUGUCUGAAAAACCGCCUGAAAAAACAGUCAUUUCACAUCUUUUUUUUUUUUGCAAUGUUAAGUAACUGUUUUUGUUGUUCACAGAUUUAACAGCAGCCACGAAGAAGCUGGAGGGAGUUGUGGGUGAGGAAGUAAAAGUCAAAGAGCCAAUAAAUCAGCAGAUUCAUCGGAUGUGUCUGCUGAGGGUCAAACUGAUGCACUUUGUCAACAGCCUUCACAACUACAUCACAACAAGGGUGAGACAAAUCCCGACACAGGCCUCUGAACUGCAACACAACACAGCCAGUCUUAGAACAGCAGAGGUAUUACAGAAACAUUCAUGAUGAAGAGUGACGAUAUAACCAUGUGUUUCUCCUGUUGUUAGAUGUUAGAGCUUCUCCUCUAAAAAGGCAUAUUAUAUUUGUGGUUUAUUGUAAAAAUGUACAGCCAUUAAGUGAAUUGUAUUGACUGCUUUAACACCUGAAUUAAACAGGAUUAAGACUGUCCAGAGUAUUAAACCCACAAACCUCAAAAAGAGGAGGGGGAUCAGAAAAUAGCAGAAAGUGUUGAAGGUUAAACCACAUCUGAUUUCCUGUAGAUCACCUCAUUUUGAAUGUGUGUACCUUUUGCUUUAUCAGAUUCUGCACAGUACAGGACUGGAGUUUCAGCACCAAGUACAAGAAGCAAAAGACCUGGACCAGCUGAUCAAGAUCCAUUACAGAUAUCUAGCUACUAUUCAUGACCGCUGCCUACUGAGGGAGAAGGUAACAGCACUGUGAUUUUCCUCAAUCAGUUUGAGUAGAACCAGAUUUGAAUUGUGUAGAAUGGGGAAUUAGUGUUGCAGCAAAGGCUCAAAGAAAACAUACACAAACAAAGAAGAAUGAUUAAAUAAGACCCAGUGAAAAAUACAAUUCCCCUAAUUCAAUAAGUAGAACAAUAUCAACAGCAUCAAGCAUAAAGUUAAGUAAGUCUAGAGCUUCAAUCAAAAUAGAAAUUUUGCAAAGUUGGGCAGAGUUCAAUGUUUGGGUGCAACAAUGGUGCGAGAAGGAGCAGCUAAGGUUAGCAGGUUUACAAAACAAGUUAUUGGCUAACAUUGUCAUCGGGUUACUUACUCAAUUCAGCACUUGCAAUGUGAGAAAAUUUUUUGUUGCAUGCAAGCAAAAAUACUAAUAGGGUUUAAAUAAACUCUAAUAGUGUCUUUAAGUACAUCAGAAUGUGAAAUAGAAACAGCAGUGACCAGAACAUUACCUUUAAAGCUCCUGUGAGGAGUUUUUAGCUUGCUAUGAAACACACUGAAAAUAAUACGAUGCCUCUAUAUUGGCUACAAAGACAAACAAGGCCGUUAGCAUAAAAAUAGAUUAUUUUUGACUUUUAAUGUCUAACUGCUGCUGUAGAGUAGGUGUCAAAUGAGUUUUAACAAUGACCAAAAAACUAUGAGCUAUGAAAAAAGCUGAUGACAGCAAAAAAGGCACACUUGGCCACUUAGACAUAAAAACUCAAUAGAUUAUUGUUAUUUCAAAAGACGGCUUGGUAAGUAUUCAGUCAAACCUCAUCUUGAACCCUUUAGAGUCGCCCCCUGCUGGCCCAUAGAAAGAAUGCAGGUUUAAUGCAUUUUACAUUCACUUUUCCCUUUUACACUUUGCCUGGUCAAGAGUUGUUAGUCACACUUUUUGAAUCACAUGUUGAAGAGUGUUUUUCUGUUUUCUCAGGUCAGUUUUGUGAAAGAGGCAAUAAUGAAGGUUCUCAAUCUGGUCCUCAUCUUCUCUGACCGAUGGCAGGCUGGAUUUGGAGCCUGGAAGUAAGAGUUUUGAUAGUAUCAAAAAAAAAUGUCAAAGCUGUACCUGUCCUGUAUUUUCUGUCUUCAAAGUUGGAAUAGUAGUGUUAAAAACAAUUUUAAGGCUGAAUUUUGACUGCAAAGUAUGUGACUUUUAUUCCUGAUACUGCUGCUUCAUUGAUAGCCUGUUUUGGUCUGAUUAUUUUUUCACUUUCAGGAUCGAGUCUAUUGAUAAAAUGGAAUCAGAUUUCAAGAACUGUCACAUGUUCCUGGUGACGAUUCUUAAUAAGGCCGUAUGUCGAGGCUCCUUUCCUCACUGUGAGUAGAACACUGAUCCUGUUACAUUGAUGAUUUUCUUUUCACUCGAUAAAACAUACAACUGAAUCAAAAUAAUUCCUGGAACUGUCUUUGUUCCUCUGCUUCUUCUUCCUGGUACAGUGGAGUCUUUGGCCCUCUCUCUAAUGGCCGGGUUCGAGCAGUGCUGAGGAUGCAUGUGUCUGCACUGAAGUGAUGGACUGAACUCCUCUGUUUGUGUUUCUGUCUGCUCUCUGACUGCUCUCAUUGUCUGUCAUGAUGUACACCAUCUGAUGUCACUUUCUGGACGUGGUGUUGGACGAUCAUCUCUGUCUGAUGGCUCUGAGCCACAGUUACACAAGCUUCUCCUGGACAUGCAUCAGCUUCUUUGUUUAUGUACUGUAUAAAAGUGUAACAUUUUGUAAAUGGUGUUUUCUAUGAGCUGGUUUGAUGACUGUUAAUAAUGUGUAUAUGUCAAGCACAAGAAUCUUGCACAGGUCAUGUUAUGCCACUCCAUGUGCCAUUGCUUGGUAAUAAAAGUUUAUUUACGUGGCAA